UUCAUACAUGUUAAUUUGCCAUAUGUCUUUUAAUCUGACCAAUCAGAAACUUCUGGAAUGAUUCACGAAGCUUGGUAGUGAUGUCACUAUAAAACCCCAAUAGACCGUGAACUGAGUAGUCUUUGAGGAAAUAUAUCAGAUGAAGAUGAAGAUGAAGACUUUGGAGGCGAUUAUCUGGGUCGUCUUCACGACGUGGACCAUACACAGUUCAGUAGGGUUUCAUACCGCAGACAAUGUAAUACCUUUACCUUCGGAGGAAUAUGUGUACAAGUGCCCGGUGCCAGGUGUCUUGGUCGCUACUGACGACUUGACGCCAUUCGCUGAAAUCGGAGUGGGCAAAAUCAUUACAAGCGAACAGAGCGGUGGUGUUUGCCACAAGGUGGUCAGAAUGAAAGUCGACGGUGCCGUCAAGCUACUUGCGACACAAGAAGUUACAGGUAAUGAGUUAUUCACCGACGUGCAGGAUAACGACGUCCUCGAUGUGGUAGAGGUGAUUCCCAGUCUGAAAGCAAUCGAACACGAACCCGAACCUUGCCUUUACCACACUCUUAUGAAUUACAAUCCUAACAUGCAACCGGUCAGCCUGAACGGGUUUGACUACAACGUUUAUUCCUACAACGAAGCAGACCCGAGCUACGAUCCAAACCUGCCGGGUGGGACUCCGCCGAGUGAAUUUGCUCACGUGCUCAUCUUAAGCAACGUUACAGUGCACAAACUACAAGAUAUUUCUAUAAGGAAGUGCGUCGGACAUAAGUAUGAUAUAGAGCACAGGGAAGAAGUGGAUUCUCAUUAUGCAGUAAUGAGGGUAGAAGAGGCCCCUUCCGUGAAACCAGGAGAUAUUAUAGUUAGCAACGACUGUGAAGGAUUUGUGGAAACUGUCAGCAGCGUGCAGAGUGGGGACAGAAGUUCGUACAUUCGAUCGGACUUGACUCACUGUGAAAUAUUUGAAAACGGGGACACUGCAUUGGACAUUAAAAGUUGGACUCGGAGCCCCAAUAUCACGUCCUGCGCAGGCGGAAAUGGAGAACCCGGUAUAAUGAUAAUGGAUGGACCAAUCAGCGGAUUACAGAAUGAUGACGUCAUCGUCGGAAGGAGAUGCAGGCCAAUCGUUGGUGAGGUGCUGCGAAAUGUCACGAACGGAGACUAUGUGCUGAUCGAGUAUGCUGCCGUCGUUGUCAUCGACGUGAGCUCUCACCAAGUACGAGUGGUCAGCGAACACCAACACUUUGAAACCCACAGGAGGAUAAGACAAUUGGACCAUACCGGGACAAACAUCUUCCCGACGUCGAUGUCAGUGACAGUGGCACAGUCUACGUCCAAUUGCAGCGUCUUCAGUGCAUCGGCGAGCGUGAACUUUCUAACCCAGCUACGUAUGAGCCUCUUUCUGAAUACCUCUUCGCCGUAUAUAGAUGGCGCUGAUUUUAACAUUUCCACAACUGUGAAUUACGCUGUCAAUUUUCGUACGGAUUUCAAUUGCAGUGAUAAUCGGACUGUUACCAUACCAACAGGACCCCCUAUAUUACGCUUCAAUCUUGCGCUGUGUGCGUACAGCUUUGGUUUUCCAAUGCGUAUAGUUUGCCUCCCAAUGGCUGUGUACGCCACGAUAAGUGGAGAAUUCACCAUCAAUACACAGGGAAGCGGGUUCGUAACAUAUCAUCUGCAGCGCACUGGCAAUGUGCAAUUCAGCGCCUCUUGGAAAGAGAGCGAAGGAACCUCACACACGCCACCUGUCUACCACAUGUCGUCUUCGGCACCAACGUAUGAUGGGACCCUCAUUGCAGGCGGAACCCGGUCUUUCACUGAAUUACGACUCAAUACGGGGUUGUUUUUGAGCUAUCCACCACAGGAUUGGAAUACCACGUUCGCUUACUUUUUGGGAGGAGCAGAACUGACGGCAACCAUUGUUAGAGAAUUGAUAGAGGAUCUGAAUCUUCCCGUAGAAUCAGCACCCAUUUUGCAAAUUUCCUUGGAGACGCCUGUCAGGGCCAAAGUUGAUGUCCUUUCCUGCCCGGACCCUGGACAGUGUAAUAACGACACGGACAACGUGAAGGUGUCUGUGAACGCGGAACACCCGGCAGAGGUUGUAGGGACGCUCCAGCCGUACGACUUGCCGACGAGAUUCUUCCGAGAGGCUGGCCAGGGCUUCACUGGAUACAAAUGUUUUAUAACGUCACUGAGACCCAAUUGUUCUAGUGGCGGAGGAGAUGAGAGAGGUGACCCACACGGGGAUUCCUUGGACCACAAGCCAUUCAGUUACGGCGAUGCCGGCCUGUUCCUGUUAAGCAGAGUGGCUGAACCUUAUCGGGGUGACGUAGAGACGUUAUUCAAGAUUGUCAGUAAAGCAGUAGCUGCAAGAGGAACAUCAUUCGUGGAAGCUGGGCUAAUGUUUAUAUACGGGAAGAAAAUCAUGGUUUCGAACACUGGCACUGCGCAGGUCGACGAUCAAGAGGUGACACUUCCUUAUGAAGAAAAUGGAAUUUCUAUCAAAUUAGUAAACAAGUAUUACCACCGCCGCGGAAAGCAAGGGAAAACUGUCAACGAGCGAGCCAUUUCCAUUCAAACUGCUGCGAAAAUUAACCUUAUAGUCAGUCUUAAGAGGCACUACCUCGGUCUGACCUUACCCGGACAUUACCGAGGUAAAGUGGAAGGGUUAUUUGGGAACUUCGACGGUGAUCCGACCAAUGAUGAAAGAACGUGUGACGGGAGAGACCUCAGCCACGAAAUACUUCCCAAGGCUGAAAAAUGGAAGUUAAUGGCGGAAUCUUGCUUAGUGGACGAGGACGGGGAAUUGAUAAACGAGGCUCAAAGAAGAAAAAGAAGAAAGAGAGAAGACAAAUUCUAGACGAGAAACAACGUGUGCUGACAGAGACGGACAUCACUUGAAGAUUCCCGCGACACACCACACACGAAAAUGUUGUGCUCACAUAUAUACACUGACAGACAGUCAUUAUCGAUUUACAACUGAAUUCAAUACACUCCUUAACCCUGUGUACAAUAUUGCAACUUUUUUUACCUUUCUUUUUAGCGCUCGGCAAUCACACAAUGCCACGCAUUUGGAGGUCAACCACUGGAGAACCAUUCAAUGCAGUGUCACACCAAGCACAAUACGAUGUCACACCUAACACAAUUCGAUGUGUCACCCAACACAAUGCUCUGUCACACCUAACACAAUGUAAUGUCAAACCUAACACAAUGACACAAUUCCUGAAUUGUUUGACUUAACACACAGUCACAUCGAAGACGCCAUGCAAUUCACAAAGCGACUAAAUUUGACACCUGACGAGACACUUGACAAUCAAAACACUGUCACCCAAAACACACGUGCUGUCUCAAUCACAACGCUAUUCAACAUGACACACGGACACGUUGUAGACUUUCUCAAGCAGCGGGAAGAUGAAUAGGACGAAACAGCCUUUCUUGCUCGUUUAAUUCUAAUCGUUUUAACCCACUUCUGCGAUCUGCAACUUAAGGGAUUAGAUGUAUUAGUUAAUUUGUAUAGAUUUUAACACGCUUUUAAAAGAAUGGUUAAAAGUAUUAUUAAUGUAUACUGUAUGCACGGCUAAAAAAAUAUUCCAAAGUCCUAUUUGCAUGUCCACCUACCCUGCAAAAAGAUAGGUAUUCUAUAUAUCAGAACAUCUUUUGCCCUUAUGCUACACUUCCUUUGCCAAAAUGUGGAAGGAUUAUAUGCAUGACAUGGGUGUAUGGGUAUUAUUCCAUUCUUGUGCCAUCCCUUCUUAACAUACCUAGUAUACGUGGAGGGUUAUUGUAUAUUUGCAUGUACAUGUUCCAGCGCAUCUUGUAUGGGCAUUUGUACAAUUGUAUUUUUCAGGUUACAGGUGGAGGGAUAAAACCAACCACACACAAAACUCUUCCGGUCAUACUUUUAACAUUUUACGGUCUAGGCGUGGCUACGGGAUCCGAUUCACUGCUAGCAGCAUAACCAGUAUACCGUAUAAUUCCACAUCCACACGGCUUACAUCCUUUUAUUCCAGCACCCAAAAGGUGACAGCACAUCAUAUUUGGUAGAGCUACACGUGUGUUACAGGUUGAAAAUUAUUGAAUAUUUUAUCAUUUUCUGACUUCAAAAUUAGUCAAAUGUGAUUAACAGAGGACACCUCGUUUGUUUAAAAAUGGGCAAAGUUACUUUUGUCCAUGGUUUACCACAUUGCCAUUUGGUGGGAGAGGGAGCACAGGUAAAACAGGGAUUAACUUCGGUAUAUGUUAUAGGAGGAGUCGGUUUGAUUUGGCGCUGAAGAAAGAAAACGAUUACAUGUCCAGUAUUACAAAUGUGUGGGAUACAGUUUUCAUUACCAUUUGGUUAGCGUUAACCGUUCAUGUAGGAACGCCGCCAUUGGGAACGCAAGCACACAGCUGCUGUCGAACCAAUGUAUUGCCAUGAACAGCCCGUGGCGCAGAUAAUGCUACUGAAUCACCAUGAAUAAUGAAAUGAUCAAAAGGAAUUUAAAAAAUACCAGUGCAAGGAGCCGAAUCAAAAAUCAUGGACCUAUAUGAUCUGAAAUGACCCAGAUUUUAGGGAAACGGCACCAAAAAUUAAAAAAGAUUACAGCGCAAUAUGAACAUGCCACGGACGAUAAUUUACAAUAUGACACAGCACUGAUUUAAAAAGGAAGAAAUAGAAUCUGAGCCUUUAUCUGACAAUGAAUCUGUUUGACGUUGUAACGAAGUGUGACUUAACUUUUUGUGAUACUCCAUGGCGAACUGAUAUCGCACUGCAAUGACAAUAUUCAACUAAUAGUACCAAUGACAAUAAAUUAACAAUGUGUAACGUCAUAUAAGAAAAACUGUGGGAAUGCGUACUUUAAUGAUGUUUAUGGGAUAAUUGACAAAGUAAACGGAAAAUACGAAUCGCAACGUUUGUUUGUAUUUCGAUUACUACAAAGUUAAUUUAAAAGGAGUUAAAAAACGGAAAGAAUUGUUGAAUUUUAGUUCUUUGCUUGGGACACAGGGCAAUAAAUGAU